AUGCAACUUUUUCUUUUCGGAGCCGUACUUAGCCUGGUUGCUAAUGCGGCUGCUGGUGCCUUUCCCUAUUCCCACUCAGGUCUCCAUGAACGCACUGCCAGCGGUCCCAGUGCCCAAGAGAUGAUCCCCGGCUACUUCUCUGGUACGUGUACAAAAGAGAAGAUGACUAUCCGUAAAGAGUGGCGUCAUUUGUCCAAGCAUGAACAGACGGAAUUUCUCGAUGCCGUUCAGUGUUUGAUGGACAAACCGGCCAAGUCUGGUUUGGCUGCCACCACUAGCCGAUUCAGUGAUCUCCAAGCACUUCACCGUGGGAUGACAAACACGGCCUAUGCUGAUAUCAUUCACCAUGUGGGCCAAUUCCUUCCUUGGCAUCGCUACUAUAUGCAUAUCUACGAGACUCUACUCCGUGAUGAAUGCGGAUACACAGGCUCUAUUCCCUGGUGGGAUGAAGUAAGAGACGCAGACAGUGGAAACAUGUGGGGAUCUUCCAUGUGGGGAGCUGAUGCCUUUGGAGGCAAUGGAACUGGAUCUGGAAAUUGCGUCCAGGAUGGCCGUUUUGCCAAUUAUACUCUGCAUAUUGGACCUGGCGAUGAGGAUACUGAUUACUGCCUGCGACGCUCAUUUAAUAGCAAAGAGGCGAUCAGCAAUGCUAAUAGUACAGUCCUCGAAAUGUGCAACUCAUACAACACCUACUCCCCUUGGUGGAACUGCAUUUCCAACAUUCCACACAAAGGUAUCCAUACCUACAUUGGUGGGGUGAUGGCGGAUAUCAAGAGUUCCCCCGGAGAUCCCAUAUUUUUUAUGCACCACAUGUACGUUGAUCGCAUUUGGUGGCUAUGGCAGAAGCAGGAUCCCAUAAACCGACUUUAUGACAUCAGUGGUCCUACACUUAAUCACACUGCCAACACUGAGCCUGCAGGUGGCUGGCAAAAUGCAACAUUGCAUUACGAGCUCUCUUCUUUCAACAUCAUGGCGAACACGACUAUCGGCAAGGUGAUGAACACACAGGGCGGCUACCUCUGUUAUGGCUAUGAUUCCGAGUGA